UAUUUCUUAAAUCUUUGCUCUGGGUAUGAUGAGAUGCAAAAAUGUUACAAAAAUGCUUAUUAUAUAAACACACAUUUACAUCGUAUAGUAAAAAAUGGAUGGAUCCAGUGUGGAGGAUUUGAAUCAUCUGAAUUGGAUAAAAAUGCUGGUGAUGUUAAAAUAUCUGAUGAGUCUUAUUGUGUUCCUCACGAUCGUCGAGGAGUUCUUUCACUGAUAAAUGAUGGGAAACAUUAUAAUAAAUCACAAUUUAUCAUAUGUUUAAAACCAAAUCCUUGGAUGAACCAUUUUUAUGUUGCUUUUGGACAACUCAUUGAUGGUACUAAAACUUUAAAAAUGUUAGAAGAUAUUUCAACAUAUUAUGAACAUCCUAUUAAAGAAAUAGUAAUUUCACAAUGUGGAGAAUAUAUUUUUGGUGAUGAAAUUAAGAUGGAGACAGAAUCAAAAAUCUUCCUUGUUAAUAGACAUCAACCAUCAGCAAGUAUAGAAGGAGAUGUAGCAUUUACUGACACUGCAUUUGAUUUUUAUUUUAUUACAUCAUGGUUAGAUAAUAUUGUGGAUAGAUUGGAUGUUCGUGAUACUGUAUCACUUUUGAUGGUUGAACGAUAUUUAAGUGGUUUUUAUUGUCUUUCAAGUGACUAUGAACCAGGAAUGGAUAUGCGUGUGCAUGAAAAAAUUCAUCUAGUUGGUAUGGAAAAGUAUGAUACGACGACUACUAAGCUUCACGAUUUAUUAUUGAAUUUUCAACCAGAUAUAAUGACUGAACGAGAAAAACUAACAUUUAUUUCAGAGAUUUCUAAAAUUAUUUUAGCUUACAUUUUUCAUCAUGAACAUAAUGAAUUUUGCUUGCAACAUGUUUCAAUGAAUACUCACGCAAUAAUACAUAAAAUAUUAGAAAUUGCGCAUGAAAUAGUGUUAAAAUCUAUUAAAAAAGCUACAAAAGAGUCUAUCAUCUCUCUGAAAUGUGGAAGUUCACAAAUAGAAAAAAUAUUUGAACUAAAACAUGUUAAUAAUAUAUUAGUCUCAGAAGAGUGUAUGUCGCUAUUGGAAGAAAUAUUGAAUAAAGCUAUACUGUGUCUAAUAAAAUGUUUUAAAAUGCAAGAUGAAUAAAAACGUAACAAAAACUAUAAUUUUAAUACACAAAAAUAUUUUACUUUUUAUUUUUUAAUGAAAAUUUAUACGUGCACAAUUUUUUAUAUAUCAUACAAGU